AUGUCAAAAGUCACCGAAGUGACGGUCAAGACGGUCGAGGACAAGGAUGGCUUCAAGGAUGCGGGCCCGUUGACGACGACCUUCACGCCGCCAGCGGCAUGCACGAAGAUCUUCUCUACCACGAGCAGCCGGUUCGCGGUGCUGGGCGACGACGACGUCUUCCACACGAGUUGCUACCCGGAGGCCGACAUACUGAUCCGGGCGUAUUUCAUGCCGGGGCUGGCGUGUCCGUCGGGUUGGGGCGGCGAGCCGAUAGUCGGCACGGGGAGCCGGACGGUGCUGGACCCGUCGUCGCGCCUCCCGCAGCUGGCGCCUGGCGAGACGGCCACCGUGUGCUGCCCCAGCGGGCUGGGCUACGCCGAGACCAUCCUGUCCUUUGCGCCGGGCGUCGGCGGCUGGUGUCUCGGCACCUUGGCCCAGCCGACGUCGAUCGAACCCGAAGCCUGCGCCAAUUGCGACACGACGCCGACGCCGCUGCCGACCAAGAAUGCUGCCGGCACCGCUUACACCCUCCUCCAGACCACCAUCCUCCUCCGCCGCGAAGCUGCGUCUGCGGGUAGUGUCGCGAGCACGGGUAGCACCACUAGCACGUCGGCUUCGUCCUCGACUAGCUCAGACCCCUCGUCUUCCCAAACCGCGCCCCCGUCAUCAAAUUCCAACCAGGACUCGUCCGGAAGCGAAAUGUCCACCGGCGCGAAAGCGGGAAUCGCGAUAGGCGUCGUGCUCGCCGUUCUCGCUCUGGCCGUCGCCGCCUUCUUCGUGACGAGACAGCGCAAGCGCAAGCGCGCAGCGGCGCUGCUGCCCGUCGACGACGGCAGCGGCGGCGCCAAGGAGAUGCCCGCCAUCCCGUCGACGCGGCGCGAGGUGCUCGGCGACACGGUCCACAAGCCGCACGAGCUAUACGCCGAAUACAACCCCGGGCCGCCGCAGGCGCCCGUCGAGUUGGACGCGAACCAGUAUGCGUAUCCAGAACUGUCCGGCCGGGCGAGUCCGCGGAUAAGGAGCUAA